AUGGCUUUAAUCAGUAUAACUUUGUCCUCCAAAAAAACCACUUCUUCUUUAGCUUCCCAUUCGUGUCGUCUUGCUUCUGUUUUGUUCUUGUUCUUGUUUCUCCACAGCAAAACCUGUGAAGCUCAGCUAUCUUCUACAUUUUAUGAUACAACCUGCCCAAAUGCUCUCGCUACUAUCCGAACUUCCAUUAGAGCUGCGGUUUCCCGAGAACGUCGAAUGGCAGCUUCUCUAAUCCGCCUUCAUUUUCAUGACUGCUUUGUUCAGGGUUGUGAUGCAUCAAUAUUACUUGAAGAUUCUGCUUCCAUCGUAAGCGAACAAAAUGCAUUAGCUAAUAGUGAUUCUGCAAGAGGUUACCAUGUUAUAGAAGCUGCAAAAUCUGAGGUUGAGAAACUAUGCCCCGGAGUUGUAUCUUGCGCUGACAUCCUUUCUGUUGCAACAAGAGAUGCAUCAAUUGCAGUGGGUGGACCUUCUUGGACUGUGAAGCUUGGCAGAAGAGAUUCUACGACAGCAAGCUUUGAGGGAGCUAAUAGUGAUCUUCCUAGUUUCAGAGCUAGCCUCGAAACUCUUAUAUCUGCAUUUGACGCUAAGGGUCUCAAUGCAAGGGACAUGGUUGCAUUGUCGGGUUCACAUACAAUUGGACAAGCUCAAUGUGCCACUUUCCGCGACCGAAUUAACGCCAACGGCAGCGACAUCGAUGCUGGAUUUGCUGCCACUCGCCGACGCCGCUGUACUAUGGUUGACGCCGACAGAGGAAACUUGGCACCGCUUGACUUGGUGACACCGAAUUCGUUUGAUAAUAAUUACUUCAAGAACUUGAUUCAGAAGAAAGGUCUUCUCCAUUCUGAUCAAGUUCUGUUCAGUGGAGGAUCAACGGAUAGCAUUGUAUCUGAGUAUAGCAGGAACCCUUCAGCUUUCUUGACUGACUUUGCAUCUGCCAUGGUUAAAAUGGGAGAGAUUGAGCCUCUUACUGGUUCAGCUGGGCAGAUCAGAAGGAUUUGCAGUGCCGUCAAUUAAAAAUAUUAGACAACACACAUGUCUAUACAUGUAUAAAAAUUCUUCAUUUAAUUUUGUAUUUUAGUAAAAAUACUUGUUUGUUUGAGAAAAAAGAAAAUUUAGAUACUUGUCUAGCUACCAUAUGUUAUUUGAUUUAUUUUUCCAUCAAUUGUAAAAGAACAUUUAUGAGAUCAAAAAUUGAU